AUGAACCUCAUAAACGUUUUUGGCAGCACCGCAUUUUUGCGCGCUUCUGCAAACGGCCACAUGGACAUUCUACAUUUGCUGCUGGAGGCCGGUGUUAACAAGAGUUUGAAUGAUUUGAUGCACAAGAAUGGCCGAAGUGCAUUGUUUUCCGCUUCCAAGCGAGGCCACGUGGAAGUCGUACGUUUGCUGUUGGACGCUGGCGUCGACAAGAACUCGACCAACAAUGACGGAAACACCGCAUUGAUGUUGGCCUCUGAGUGGGGCCACACUGAAGUUGUUCGUUUGCUGCUGGAGGCCAGUGUCGACAAGACUUUGGCCGACAAAUUGGGCCACAACGCUCUGAUGAUAGCUUCUUUUGAAGGUCACGCUGAAGUUGCACGUUUGCUUCUGGAAUCCGGUGCUGACAAGAACUCCGUUAACAAUUUCGGCAACACUGCAUUGAUGCUCGCUUCUCAAUGGGGUCAGUUGGGAGUUGUACGUUUGCUGGUGGAGGCAAGUGCCGACAAGAACCUCAGGAACAAAGACGGCCACACUGCAUUGAUGUUCGCUUCUGAGCAGGGCCACUUGGAAGUUGCGCGUUUAUUGUUGGAGACCGGUGCCGACAUGAACCUCAUAAACGUUUUUGGCAGCACCGCAUUUUUGCGCGCUUCUGCAAACGGCCACGUGGACAUUCUACACUUGCUGCUGGAGGCCGGUGCCAGCCAGAAAGUAAUACGCCAGGAUGGCCGAAGUGCAUUGUUUUCCGCUUCCAAACGAGGCCACUUGGAAGUUGUACGUUUGCUGCUGGACGCCGGUGUCGACAAGAACUCAACCAACAAUGAUGGCGACACUGCAUUGAUGUCCGCUUCUGAACAGGGACACGCGGAAGUUGUACAGUUGCUGGAGGCCAGCGCAGAGAGGACCUCAACCAAGAGGAGUCGUCACUGCUUAGAUGACCUGUCCAACAAGCGGCAGCGAUGA